CGUUGCGCUCAAACAGAACAGACGUGCGGUGCGCGUAGCAGAGUGUAGAGAGUGUACGAAAACAACAAAGAGUACGAAACGAAAACAGAGCCAAGUGCAUCGCGAAUUGUGACUAAGGCAGUAGACAGUGCGACUAGAGAGACAGUGCAGUGUCCCGUCCAGCGACAGACAAGUGCGUGGCUCCGUGGUUCCCAACAAAUGGCCCUUGAGGAUCGCUGCAGUCCACAAACAGCGCCCAGCCCACCAGGUUGUCACCCGCACUACGCCGUAACCAGCAUCUCCGCCACCGCCCUCGACAUGAGUCUGCAGCACCAUCCCCAGCAGAGCCCGCCACCAGCGCCGGUGGCCGCGCUCUACCAUCAGCAGCAGCAACAGCUGCAGCACCUGCACCAGCUGCAGCAGCUCCAGCAGCUCCACCAGCAGCAGCUUGCUGCCAGCGCCGGGGUCUUCCCCCAUCCGGCAGUGGCCUUCGAGGCAGCGGCAGCCGCCGCCCACGCCGUUGCACUGCAGCAGCGCCUGAGCGCCAGCGGAUCGCCUGCUUCCUGCUCGACCCCCGCCUCGUCCACGCCGCUGACCAUCAAGGAGGAGGAGGGCGACUCCAUCAUGGGCGACGGUAGCUUCCACAACCAGACCCACACCACCAACGGCACGGCCACCGAGGACGAGGAGGACGACGACAUCGAUGUGGAUGUGGACGAUACUGCCGCAGGACGCCUGCCUCCGCCGGCCCACCAGCAGUCCACGGCCAAGCCCUCGCUGGCCUUCUCCAUCUCGAACAUCCUCAGCGACCGCUUCGGAGACGCAGCACCCAAGCAGCAGACACUAAAGAAGCCAGGAUCCCCAAACGCCUCGCUGGAGUCCCAGGCCAGCAUUUUCCGCCCCUUCGAGGCCAGCCGAGCAGCCGCUGCCACGCCCUCCGCCUUCACGCGGGUGGAUCUUCUGGAGUUCAGUAGGCAGCAGCAGGCGGCGGCUGCCGCAGCCACCGCCGCCAUGAUGAUCGAGCGGGCUAACUUCCUCAAUUGCUUCAACCCGGCCGCCUACCCGCGCAUCCACGAGGAGAUUGUCCAGAGCCGUCUGCGCCGGAGCGCCGCCAACACGGUGAUCCCUCCGGCCUCCAAGAUGAGCGAGUCCUGCGCUGAAAAGUCCGCCCUGGGCUCGCUCUGCAAGACCGUCUCCCAAAUCGGCCAGCCCACAACGACCACGACCUUGCCCCCGCAGCUGAGCAGCUCCAGCAGCCUGGCCAACAACCUGGCCAGUCCACCGCCCGCCUCGAAUGCCUCCACUAUCAGCUCCACCUCGACGGCCACCAGCUCCUCAUCCUCCAGCUCCUCGGGCUGCUCCUCGGCCCCCAGCUCGCUGAACUCCUCGCCCAGCAGUCGCCUGGGAGGCAGUGCAGCGGCCAACGCCAGCAGUCCCCAGCCCCAGCCGAUUCCACCACCCUCUGCCGUGAGCCGCGACUCUGGCAUGGAGUCCUCGGACGACACCCGCUCCGAGACGGGCUCCACGACCACCGAAGGCGGCAAGAACGAGAUGUGGCCCGCCUGGGUCUACUGCACCCGCUACAGCGAUCGUCCCAGCUCAGGACCCCGCUACCGCCGCCCCAAACAGCCAAAGGACAAGACCAAUGACGAGAAGCGGCCUCGCACGGCCUUCUCCAGCGAGCAAUUGGCCCGCCUCAAGCGGGAGUUCAACGAGAAUCGCUAUCUGACCGAACGGCGACGCCAGCAGCUGAGCGGAGAGCUGGGCCUGAACGAGGCCCAGAUCAAGAUCUGGUUCCAGAACAAGCGGGCCAAGAUCAAGAAGUCCAACGGCUCCAAGAACCCCCUGGCCCUCCAGCUGAUGGCCCAGGGACUGUACAACCACACGACGGUGCCACUGACCAAAGAGGAGGAGGAGCUCGAGAUGCGCAUGAACGGCCAGAUCCCCUAAAAAGGGGCUGCAAUCGGUCGGCCGGCGAACAGAGCGGGGGUGUGUGCAAUACAAACGGCAGGGGGGGCGGAGGAGGGU